AUGCGCAGUUUGCUUAAUGUUACUCGGCUGGGUCACGUUUUCUUUUCCGGAUCUGUAAGAACAGCACGACUUUGCCGCAAAGGAUUGAGAAUGACAAAAAUGGUAGGGACCACAGCUCACAUUGCAAAUCCAGAAUGGAAACUGGGAGAAAGAGUUCCUUACAUAAGCUUGGCUAAAACCUUCGAGGCGAUAGAAUCAACGUCGUCAAGGUUGGAAAUUAUCAAAAUAUUGUGCGAUUUUUUCACAAAAGUUCUGGAGAAGUCUCCAGAGGAUUUGGCAGCUUGCGUUUAUUUGUGUGUAAACCAGAUUGGCCCUGCUUACGAAGGAAUAGAAUUAGGUGUAGCCGAGGGAACCUUAAUCAAAGCUGUAGCACAGGCAACUGGAAGAAAGGUUGAAAAAAUAAAGGAACAGAUUAGUGUGAAGGGCGACUUGGGUAUUGUUGCGCAACAGAGCCGUUGUACUCAGAGUAUGCUUUUUGCACCGAAGUCUUUGACUGUGGUUGGGGUUUUCGACAAGCUUAAGGAAAUUGCGAAGGCAUCUGGUCAAUCGUCGAUGAAUAAGAAAUUGAGCCUGAUACAGACUUUACUGGUAGCCUGUAAAGACUGCGAAGCACGUUAUUUGGUUCGUUGUCUAGGAGGAAAAUUGAGGAUUGGACUGGCGGAACAGUCCGUUUUAGUUGCACUGGCAAAUGCCUUUACAAUAACGGAAAGUGAGAAAAAAGGAGAACGUCUAAAUCCUGAGAAGCUUAAGGAGCGUCAAGCUUCUGAUGCGCUUUUAUUGAAAACAACGUACAGUGCAUGUCCAAACUACGACAAAAUCAUAUCAACUGCGCUAACAAAAGGUGGCAUAGCCGCUUUGCCUGAAUAUUGCAAACUCACCCCAGGAAUACCGUUGAAGCCCAUGUUAGCACAUCCAACAAAAGGGAUCGCUGAAGUGAUGAAACGGUUUGGAGAUGCUCAGUUCGCCUGCGAAUUUAAAUACGACGGUGAAAGAGGCCAAAUUCAUUACGGUGCCUUUGGAGCGAAAAUAUUUAGUAGGAAUCAAGAAGACAACACAGAAAAAUAUCCCGAUAUUACUGAAAAGAUAUCAAGAUGUAUAGACGAGGAAACAGUUAGUUUUAUCGCUGACAGCGAGAUUGUCGCUUGGGAUCCUCAGCAAAAAACGAUUUUGCCUUUUCAGGUCCUUUCUACUCGUAAGCGAAAGAAUGCUGGCGACACUGAAAUCAAAGUGAAGGUCUUUAUCUUUCUGUUUGACCUUCUUUGUUGGAAUGGCACGUCUCUUGUGCAAGACCCAUUUAGGAAACGGAGGGAAAUGUUGAAAAAUCACUUCAAACCUGUGGAUGGGUUCUGCUCUUUUGCCUCAGCCAGAGAUACAGGUGACACUGAUGAAAUAGCAGAAUUCCUUGAGGAAGCAAUAAAGGGCAACUGUGAGGGCCUCAUGCUUAAAACCCUGGACACUGAUGCCACCUACGAAAUCGCUAAACGUUCACAUAAUUGGUUAAAGUUGAAGAAGGAUUAUCUUGACAGUAUUGGCGACACCCUUGACCUUGUCGUAAUUGGAGGUUAUUUAGGAACUGGCAAAAGAACGGGGAUCGGGACUGGACUGAAAGAGGAUGAACUGUCAUCUCAGUUUGAGCAGUUUAAACCGCUACGGAUUGACAAACCACGACCUUAUUAUUCCUAUGAUAGUUCUUUGGCUCCUGAUCAUUGGUUUGCACCUGAGGUGGUUUGGGAAAUAAAAGCGGCAGAUCUUUCUAUAUCACCGAAGCAUCAUGCUGCACGAGGAAUUGUUGAUGAUGAGAAAGGAAUAUCGCUGAGGUUUCCAAGGUAUAUACGCAUUCGGGAAGAUAAAAAACCAGAAGACGCCACAACUGCUGAACAGGUAGCAGAGAUGUACAGAAGCCAAGAACAGAUAAAAAAUACCACAAAUAAUUUGCCGGAAGAUGAGACAGAGGAUUACUAA